AUGCGUGUUGUCUUCGCCGUUGUUGUGUCUGCGCUUCUGCUUGGCGCUCAAGCUUUCGAUAAAACGUCAGUGGCCGUCGGACUUCUGGGAUACGCAGGUGGAUAUUUGAAGGGAGCUGCGGUCAACAGUUAUUACUCUGGAGGUUACGGAGGUUACGGCGGCUACGGUGGCUACGGCGGCUACGGUGGCUACGGCGGCUACGGAGGAUAUGGAGGUUAUGGCCAUGGCGGCUACGGUGGCAACGGCGCCUAUGGCUAUUACCCUCAGAGAUACGGAGGAUAUGGCUACCCUGCCUAUCCGGCUUACGGCUACUACGGUCACCCCCGCCCCGGCUAUGCCUGGUAG